AUGUCACCCUCAGCCUCACUCGUCAUCUCCCUCUUGUCUGCCUCAGCAGUCUUCGCCCAUUCGUCUCUGAAAUACCGCGCAACACCGCAGGUGUAUGAUGCGUGUAUCAAGGCUAAUGAUGUCGCGUUAACCUUUGAUGAUGGACCAUAUAUCUACCUUCGCAGUAUCUCGGACCAUUUCACAGCUGCUGGUGCGAAGGCGACAUUUUUCAUGAAUGGAAAUAACUGGGACUGCAUCUACAACCCGGACCGAAUCUCCGAUGUAAAAUACGCAUACGCCGCUGGCCACAUGAUCGGGUCGCACACCUGGAGCCAUGCCGAUUUGCCCACCCUUUCGACGGCUCAAAUUCAAGAUGGGAUGUUCAGAAUGGAGGAAGCCUUUUCGAGAAUUCUCGGAAUCAAGCCUGCCUUCAUGCGUCCUCCCUUCGGCGACUACAACUCGAACAUUCAAAGUAUUGCCGCUGCACGUGGCCAAAGUCUCGCGUUGUGGGACUGGGACACGGGUGACGCAGAUGGCAAUACGACCGCACAAUCCGAGGCACUAUAUCAAGAUGUCAUCAACGCGAAGGUCACCAACGCGUUGAUUUUGGAACAUGAGACAGAAGAAACAACAUCGACCACUCUCGUUCCGUUCGCCAUCAACCUUUUCCAAAGUCAUGGUUACAAUCUCGUGACCAUGGCUGAAUGUCUUGGCGUUGACCCAUACCAGGCCAUUGGCGUCCCUCAAACUCAGAGCUCAUCAUGGACUUGCGAUGGUACCCCUGAUCCUGGAGCAGCAUGUGGAGGCUCGAUUGCUUGUGAAACGGGCACCCCAGUAUUCUCUUCCACUACAACGAGUGGUUCUACAGGCCCGACACCGACACCGACCCCAAAUCAGUACUUCCAUCCUAGUGCAAGCGCGUCCAAAUGCCUGACUGCUGCCUCCAAUGCCGACGGUGCUGCGGUCGAAAUUGAGGAUUGUGUGUCGGGCGGGUCGACGUCACAGAGCUGGACAAUCUCCGGCAACUUGUUGCAGAUCUUUGGGACGCGUUGUUUGACGGUUCCCCCUGGCUCUUCGGCUGAUGGAACUAAGCUCCAGAUUUCAACCUGCACAAAUGGCAACACGAACCAGCAAUGGAUUAUAUCUGGAAACACUCUGCAAUGGAGCGGACACAGCUCUUGCUUGGACCUCACCAACGGUGUAGCGACCAAUGACAACCCGGCAAGUCUUAAAUUUUCAAUGCAAAUUUGGACCUGCACUGGCGGUCCUAACCAGGCUUGGACUCAUACCACUGGCCCUGGUACAUCCGGCGGCGGCGGACAAACCAUCCGACCAGGUGCUAGCAGUAACACAUGUCUCAGCGCCCCCAGUGCCGCAAACGGUGGCCCAGUCGUCGUCCAACCUUGCAGCUCUGGUUCAGCCAGCCAACAAUGGAGCCAUGUCGGCAAUACACUUGUUGUCUAUAACAGCUUCUGCAUGGACAUAACUGGGGGAUCGACAACGGCUGGUACCAAAAUCCAGAUUUGGUCAUGUACCCCAGGGCAGACAGGCGAUGCGAACCAACAGUUCACUGUGACUUCUUCCAAAAUGAUCCAGUGGGUCGGGCAAAACGAUUGCAUUGACUUAACGAAUGGGAACUUGACAGCGGGCAAUCAGGUUCAAUCCUGGACUUGUACCGCAAACAACUCCAAUCAGAUUUGGAAUUUCGUGUGA